AUGAGAGGAAUUCUCAAAUUGUUGAUAUUUGCCACGUUCAUUACCCACAUGAAUAUGUUCAGUCUUGGCAUGAACAAAAGCUCACACGAUGCCAUCACAUUCCCGGAAGAAGACGAAAUAAUCGCUCCGAGAAUCGAAGACCUGACAAAAUGCUCCAACGGACGUACAUACUGCGAAUCCUUCGACAAGUACCCAACCAGUCACGUGAAGUACGUGAUGCGGGAGAAUCCGGUUUACAAAGCUCUCUUCGGCGAAGAGGAAGAGGGCGAAUUUAUAUCUAGAAGAGACGAAAAGGAAACGUUCCUUUGUAAGUCGAAGGUCAGUACCAUCUUCCCGAAAGUUGGUAAAAAUGUCAACAACGAAUGGAGGUUCAUCAUAAAUCAAGAGGACGACGGAUUUGUGCAGGGUAUACGAGUGGAGAUCUGCAAAUCGGAGGACUUGCCCUGCGACAUUAUCAAGAAAAUGCCCAACCUUUACGUGACAAGAUGCAAACAGAAGUACAUGCGUCGGCGGAUGUUGUCUUUGACGAAACAAGGUGAACCUGUUCCGGACACGUUCCUUAUGCCAUCAGCAUGUUGUUGCUCGUACAAAAGUGCAUAUCAUUUCAUGUUUAAAGGGGCUUUGGGGUGA